UGUCGCCCCGCUAUCUUUAGCACUUGUCGCGGAUUACUGUGCACUGUGAGCCGGAUCGACUACCUGCUCCGUCGCUGCCCUCUCCCGACUACCGAAAAGCGCUCUUUAAAACGAACUACACGGCGACAACACCCCCUCCACACACAAAGGAUGGGGGAAUGACAACAAAAUCCCCGUCCCCGGUUCUCCGUUCCCGACAAGACAACUACCACCUCCACCGACGAUGCUGCCGCUCUCCAGCCCGCGGAGCGAACGCCGUCGCCGGGCUUCUACGCUGCUCCUGGCCGCGGUCGUGCUCUGCGUCGUCCGCGCCGCUGCUAGCCUUCCAGCUGGUAAAAUCUGCCCUCACCACAUCGACUGUGCCAAAGAGGGACGCCACCUGUGCCAGCCCGGCUCCGCCAGCUGCGGUCCGUGCCUCUCCGUGCUGGUGGAGGAUGAGAUGGGUCGCUGCGUGACCAGGACGAGAAAGCGUCACGCUAAAGUUCAGUUCUACCCAGACCUGGACGAGGAGAUCGAUUUCAUCCAUUCAUACAUCGAAAAACAGGAAAUUUCUGCGAUUGAACCACCGAAGACACAAUUGAAACCUCCCGUCAACGUCGUCUCCGCCAACUCCGGAAGCAAGCUUGCCGCCUCUGAACAGGGGCAGUCGGGCCAGGACCGCUCGCCAGCCGAAACCCGUAACGGCACCUCUGCGGCCUUCGGCCGAGCAAGUCUUAGGAACGCUUCCACGCCUCAGCCCCCCGGAGUAGACGGUCGAGGGGGCCCUCUUAUCGAGAAUGCUCACAAGGACGACAAGAUCAUCAUCAUUGUAAUCUCGCUGUUUGUGGUGAUUGGCACCAUUGCAUUGAUCAUGGCGACUGUCUGCUAUGUCAAGUUGCGCAAAGAAUCUCGUCUGGCUCAGAAGGUGGACUAUCCUGCCUUCAGGGGAGCAGGUGUGACCACCGCCGCAGGUGGCGCAAAAUCGAUUGGAGAUAAAACGUUGGCGCAGAGUGCUCAAAUGUACCACUAUCAGCACCAAAAGCAGCAGAUGCUGUCCAUUGGAAAUCACAAACCAGAACAAAAAGUCAUGGAUGCCGAGGUCACCUCAGACGAAGAAGAGGCCGGAGACUUCACAGUGUACGAGUGUCCUGGACUUGCACCGACCGGCGAGAUGGAGGUGAAAAACCCUCUGUUCGACGACUCCACCAUGCAUUAUCAGGGCAAUCAAAAGUGAAUGCUGAACACACACGUGCAAACACUCACACUGCAUGCAGACAAACGGAGGAAACCUGGCAGAAGACGAGACAUUAAAAAAAAAAAAAAAAAAAAAAACAUCCGUAUUGUUUCUCUCUCUUGGCCCUUUACUAAUUCGUCCCCGCCUCCUUCCUCCUGCUUUUAUGACCCUCGUGUAAUGUUGGGGUUCUUUGUGGAUUUUAAGUCUUUUAGCACAAAGACUUCUCCUUGAGUUGUUGCUGUGAAGCGUCCUGUCCUCAAUUAAAUUUUAAACUUUUUUUUUUUUUUUUCUUCUUCUUUUUUGGGUUGCAAUUUCUCUCCCCCGUCAUUUCUGCAGCUGUUUCCCAAAGACUGUGAUUACACUAGCGGGAAGCGCGUAGGAGCCGCCGCACGCACCGCGACCGACAUUUACAUAAUAGCAGAAAAACAGGUGCCCUUCUUUGUUUCGUCACACGUGGCUUGCGGCCCGGCCACAUUCCUACCAGGAAAUCUACAACGUACUAUUUCUGAAAUUUUAGUAUCACUGAUUUUUGGGUGCACACGAAGAUUUUAAAUAUAAUAUAUGAAGUACUUGAUGAUGUCUGUUGCAUGGUUUGACCGUACUGUGUUUGAAUCAUGGCAAUGCAAAAUCCCUUCUGCCUCUCGUUAUGUAUCCAGGUGACUCUGAAGCAUUUGAAUGACAUUUUCUGGUGGUGGGGGGGGACAUGGACUAUAUUGAUAGAUGUAUCGGUGGUCAAUUUCACUAUCUUGUGUUGUCCUGCUCUGUCCUCUUGUCGGUCCCAAAACAAACCUCCUGCUGCAAAAAUGUACAUAAAAGAGUGAAAGUGUUCACCUUUUAUAGGUAUUUGUAUAUGCAGAGCAAGGAUGGGUAAUAAAACUUUUUACCACGUCA